UGAAGUGAUUUGCCUCAUACAAACUUUGAACCUGGGAAAGGACGAUAAUAUUAUCUAAUCUUGCAUGCAAGCACUAUCUGCAUCACUGAUUGAUCUUGAAAUACCUCUUUUUUGGUUAUAUGUCUGGAUUUCAUACACCAUAGAAAGAUCUUGGGUGAAUUUUGGUACUGCAGACUGAACAUGAUAAUAACAAGAACUAGGAAAAUGGAAAGCAGAAUAGAAAAUCAAGUUGAAACAUUAUUAAUUAUACUUAUGUUUUUAUAAAUUCUCAAUAUAAUCUCAUAUGUUCAUUGUAAUACAGCAGAGAGGGCUAUCACGGUCAGUGUCAUUGACCAGUUUUUGGAUGUUUGCAUUCCACAGUAUCAGUAUUUGAAACACAAUGUUUCUGAAUGUUUUCCUUUCACUUACUCUUCUCCCUGAAACAAAGCAAGAAAAAAUACCAGUACAUGGAACUGUAUUGUCCCCAGUUUUGGUUAUUGGAAGGCUUUUGUAAUUGAUAUUCAAAGUACAGCUCUUGAAUAGUGUGACAAAUAUGGGAAUAAUCUGAUGAAGUGAGAGCUUGCUGUGAUCCAUGUAGACCAGACAUUUCAGGGAGAUGAGAUGUGUAGUUUGCAGAUGACUUUGAAUUGUUUGCUCAUAGUAAUAGAAUAGAGAAUUUGAGGAUACCAGUCUUGAAUUCUAAGUUGUAUGGGUUAUAGUUUUUACUGAACUUUAUGUUCUUUUUUUCUCUUUUAUUUCAAUUAAAUGCCUACUUGCAUAUUAAAUGUCUCAUUGCUCUGCCUGGCUUAUGCAUCACGGUCCCCCCGAAACAUGUGUUGUCUUCCUGCCUGCACUUUUCUCCCUUCAGACCUCUGUUCCCUUUUCUUUCUUCCUCACAACCUCCAUUUUUAUUCUUUGGUUCCCACUGAGGCGGAUUCUCCCUCCUUUUUUACAUUUAAUGCCAGAAGAGGGAGCAUUGAGUACAGAAGAGAAACCAGUUUCCAGGAAGAUGUAUUUAUCUGGAUAUAGUGUGGAACUUGCAAUAAAGAGUACAGAAUAUAAAGCAGUAGAUGACACGCAGGUUAAAGGAGCAAAUGAGACGAAAGAAGAGGAAGAUGAGGAAGAGGAAGAGGAAAGUGAUGUCCAAGGAUUUCUCUUUGGCAAAUUAAAACAGAUAUAUCCUGAUCUGAAAAAUAACCUGAAAGAGUUUAAAAAACAUCUAAUUGAAACUGCUAACAACAUGGAACCGCUGAAGGUUUGGGAGCUACAGGAUCUUAGUUUUCAAGCAGCUGCUCGAAUUAUGUCUACCCCUGUUUAUGAUGCUUUAAAGGUAAUGAAAGACAUUGCUCAGAACUUCCCAAUAAGAGCCAGCCUGCAUUUUGUGUCUCAGUAUUUCCAGUUGAAAAGAUCACUGACAAGAGUGACCAUAGAUAAGGAAAUGCGAAAUGAAAUAGAAGAAAAUCAGAAGCAUUUGCAUGAAACACUUGGAAUCCAACCUGGAGAAGCACAUUUAUUUCUAAAUGGCCUUCCUAUUGACUUGGAUUUUCAUGAUCCUUUUAGUAUCUUAGAGACUCUUAAACUGGAAGGAAAAGUGAUGCAUGGCCUUCAUGAACUUGGAAUCAAAGAAGAGACCCUGAGUAAAUUUAUGAGGUUGCAUAUACAUCCUACAGAUAACAGUUAUGCGCUAGAUAUUCGUCACUCUUCGAUAGUGUGGAUUAAUAAUAUAGAACAAGAUCACAGCUAUAGCACGUGGCCUGAAAGCUAUCAGGAACUGCUAAGACCCACACUUCCUGGAGUUCUGCAGCAGAUUAGACGCAAUUUACAUAAUUUGGUACUUUUUGUUGAUCCUGUCCAAGAAGAUACAGGUGAUUAUAUGAAAGUGGCAGAGUUAUUCUACCAUUAUAAUGUACCACUUAGAAUUGGAAUUGUUUUCAUUUUAAAUACGAAAGAAGAAAUUGAUGGAAAUGAAGAUGCUGGAAUAGCUCUUUGGAGAAGUUUUAAUUACAUUGCAGAGGAAUACGACACCUUUCAGGCCUUUACCUCAAUAAUUAAGAUGUACCAUGAAGUGAGAGAUGGAAGUGUUCUAACCGUAGAUGAUGUGAAGGAUGUCCUUAGAAGUGAAUACCCCAAUGCUGAUGUUCAGAGUAUACUAGGUGUUCAUUCUGAACAUGAUGAAGGGAGGAAGGCAGGAGCAACCUUUUAUAAAAAGAGUGGCCUGGGCCCAUUGCCUCAAGUGCUGUUUAAUGGCGUGCCCUUUAAUAGAGACGAGAUGGAUGUUGAAGAGUUAGAGACAGUUAUUCUUCAGAGGAUUAUUGAUGCCACCAAGUUCUUCCAGCGGGCAGUGUUCAUGGGUUUGCUAAAUGAUCACAUGAAUGCAAUAGAUUUUCUGAUGGAUCAGAACAACGUAGUUUCCCGUAUAAACCCCACUAUUCUUGGAGCAGAAAGAAGAUACAUACAUUUCAGACCCACAUCCGUUCCAUUUGAUGCAGAAGACUUCUCUACUUUCUCCUUUUUGGACUCACAAGAUAAAAGUGCUGUAAUUUCAGACAACAUGAAGUAUUUAACAAGAAAGGAUGAAGAUGCAGUAUAUGCUGUUACUAUCUGGAUUAUUGCUGAUUUUGAUAAGCCAUCUGGUAGACAACUGCUUUCUAAUGCCUUGAAAAGCCUGAAAACAAGCAGUCAUAUACGAGUUGGGAUUUUGAACAAUCCUUCAUCAAAAAUAAAGGAAUCUAACACAGCCAUUGCAAGAGGAAUUUUGACUGCUUUUCUAACACAAAGUAACAGCAACUUAAAAAGUUUCCUGAGUAAACUCAGUAAGGAAGAGACAGCAAAAUCCCUUGCUGCUGGAACUAAAAUUACUAAAUUCCUCAUCCCAGGAAUGGAUGGCAAUACUUUUGAGAAGAAGUACAACACUUUAGGACUGGAUUUAAUUAAAACUCACCAGAUGUUCUGCCAGGAGGUUCUUAAACUGCUUCCUGGGCAAAUGGCUGUUAUGAGCAAUGGCAGGGUACUGGGUCCUUUAGAUGAAAAUGAAUUCUCUGCAGAAGACUUUGAUUUGUUAGAAAAGAUAACAUACAGUACCUCAGCGGAGAAGAUUAAAGCUCUUGUCAAACAGAUGGGAAACAGUAGUAAAAGUGGCAGUGAUUUGGUUAUGAAAAUAGAUGCCCUUCUGUCAUCUUUACCUAAAACAGAGACGAGACAAGAUGCUGAAUUACUUAAAGAGCAGCACAGUGUAGUAAAAGUCAACCCCCAACAGAAUGAACCAUUCUAUGAUGUUAUUGCUAUUGUGGAUCCAUUGACAAGAGAAGCACAGAAGAUGUCUCAUUUACUGAUUGUACUCAAGGACGUUAUUAAUAUGAAACUCAGGUUAUUUUUGAAUUGCAAAUCUAAGCUGUCAGAACUGCCACUAAAGAGCUUCUAUCGGUUUGUUCUGGAACCAGAAUUAAUUUACGGGAUUAACAAACACCUUCCUUCUGAACCUGUGGCAAAAUUCCUAGAAUUGCCAGAAUCACCUCUUUUGACUCUAAACAUGAUCACUCCAGAAAGCUGGUUGGUUGAAGCAGUUAACAGUUCUUGUGAUCUCGAUAACAUUCAUUUACAGGAGGUAAAAGGGGCAGUUAUAGCAGAAUAUGAACUGGAAUAUAUAUUGCUUGAAGGGCAUUGCUUUGAUGUGACAACUGGACAACCUCCUCGAGGGUUACAGUUCACUCUGGGCACAAAGAAAAAUCCUGUCAUGGUUGAUACUGUUGUGAUGGCCAACCUCGGAUAUUUUCAGCUGAAAGCAAAUCCAGGUGCUUGGAUGCUGAGGUUGCGUAAAGGAAGGUCUGAAGAGAUUUAUCAGGUGUUUUCCCAUGAAGGAACAGAUUCUGUAGCUGACCUGACAGAUGUUACUGUGGUAUUAAACAACUUCAGAAGCAAAAUUAUCAAAAUUCAAGUACAGAAAAAGCCUGAUAAAAUAAAUGAAGAUCUCCUUACAGAUGGAACAACAGGAAAAUAUGGAAAUCUGGAAUCACUUACAAGAUUUUCAGAAGGAAUUCCAACAGAAGAAAGUGAAAAGAAAAGUGACAUUCUUAACAUUUUCUCUGUUGCAUCAGGGCAUUUAUAUGAACGUUUUUUAAGAAUUAUGAUGCUUUCUGUCCUACGUCAUACAAAAACACCAGUUAAAUUUUGGUUUCUGAAAAACUACCUCUCCCCUACAUUUAAGGAUGUUAUUCCUCACAUGGCUAAAAAGUAUGGUUUCAACUACGAGUUAGUACAGUACAAGUGGCCCCGCUGGCUUUAUCAACAGACAGAAAAACAGAGAAUUAUCUGGGGCUACAAAAUUCUUUUCUUGGAUGUUCUUUUCCCUUUGGCUGUGGAUAAAAUAAUAUUUGUCGAUGCUGACCAGAUUGUGAGAAGUGACCUGAAAGAACUCAGAGAUCUAGAUCUAAAUGGAGCUCCCUAUGGAUACACACCUUUCUGUGACAGCCGUAAGGAAAUGGAUGGGUACCGUUUCUGGAAAUCAGGAUACUGGGCAUCACAUCUCGGGAAAAGGAAAUACCAUAUCAGUGCCUUAUAUGUUGUGGAUCUCAAGACGUUCAGAAAGAUUGCAGCUGGAGACAGGCUUCGGGGCCAGUACCAGGCUCUUAGUCAAGAUCCAAACAGUCUGUCAAAUCUAGAUCAGGAUCUUCCCAACAAUAUGAUUCAUCAAGUAGCCAUUAAGUCUCUCCCUCAGGAGUGGCUUUGGUGUGAAACCUGGUGUGAUGAUGAGUCCAAGAAAAAGGCUAAAACAAUAGACUUGUGCAACAAUCCCCAGACCAAAGAACCAAAAUUAGAGGCGGCUGCCCGGAUAGUUCCUGAAUGGAUUGAGUACGACUCUGAGAUACGGAAGUUAAUACAGCAAAUUGAAAAGGAGAAGAAAAAUCCAACAUCAUUAUUUCAAAAAGUUCUUAAGCACGAUGAACUUUAGCACAGCCCGUGAACAACAAUGGUGACAACUCAGUAGUCUUCUGGAAAAAGACUGAAUGGGAGUUACAAAUGUUACAUUGGCACUAUUUGCAACAUUCUUUAAUGUUAAGUCAAAUAUUUUAUAACUUAUAGUGUUAUUUAAAACAUUUUAAAUGCAAUACAAAACCGAGAAAUCCUCAGGUACUUGGGGUUUUUUUACCCAGUGUGGAGGUUGGUUUUCUUCUUUAAAGUAUAUUUUGCCUAGGGGAUUUUAGAAUACGAAGAAAGAGGUGUUCAACUUCUCAAAGAUACAUUGUCAGUCUGUGGGAGGACACACACAUUAAAUAUGUACAUGAAAACUGUUUUGUGCAUAUUAGAUGCGUCCAGUUUAUGUAUUCAAAGAUCAAGAAUUUUGGUUCUAUAUCUGUAGUUUUGUCCCUGGAGAAACGGUCACAAGAAAGAGUCCCAGUGGAGCAAAGAUAAGGCAUAAAAAAUAACUUCAGUAAUUCAGACCACACAAAGAUAAGUCAACUUGGAAGCUAAAAACAAGGAAUGACACUUUUCAUUUAUUGUGCAGAAUUGCUGCACUCUUACAGAUUUUAAAAACUAAUUUUUGAUUCUUAGGCUCCUUUUGGUCACUUAAAAUAGUGUGUCAUAAAAUUCCAUUAUGGGCUUGGUUAAGGUGGUUUUCCAACCAGCACAUGUUGCAUCAGAGGUUCAGUACCUGAAAGCUGUUUCUACUUGGUUUUGAUUAUCAUCAUCCUGUUUAAGACUGAAAAUAAAAUAAUAAAAUAUGUGAGUAUUUUUGACUAUCAGUGGUGUCUCCUGUAAUUUUCUAAAAGUCUGUACUCACAAGACCGUUGCUUUAGUGGGCUACUGACAUUUUGAUCCCACAAAAAUUGCAGGGAAGAGUUCUUGCAAUACGCAUAUUUGAAAAGGAGGAAUUUAUGACUUAAACUGAAAUCUAGUGCCUUAAAUACAUACUCUGCUGUUUAUGCUGUGCUGGUUUCAAAAUUGGACUCGAUGAGACCACAAAUUGUUAUAAGAACAACUUAAUGCAGCCUUUUAGUCUAAAUACUUGAAAUUACGAAAAACAAGGUAAUUUGCACUAAGUGGGUGAAUUUACAGUGAGUUGCAAUAGUAUUUCCAUACCAGCAAAUAACUGAAUAAACAGUAAGAGAAAUGAAGCCUAUUUUGUAUGUACUGUCAUUGUCCUCAGGUGUUGGUUGUUUACAAUGGAAGAACCAGUACUUAAAAUUAUGCCUUGCUGGUAUUUUUCAAUUCCUAUUACUAAGAAUAUGAGACAUGGAGAUUUUUUUUUUUUUACAGCUUUUUAUAUAUUUUUUGUUGUUUUACCUUUAUGCAUUUUGAACAGUUUUAACAUGUCACAUAAAUUUUUUUUUUAAGUAUCUGUUGUGGGAUUUUCCUUGUACGAAGCACCCAAGGGAGCAUUUCCUGUGUGACCCACUAGCAGGAGUCAGUAAACCCUCCUGUCGGUUCCCUUUAACUGUCCCAUUUCAGUGCAGUACUUGAGAUGUUAUGCUUGUUCUCUAACAUAAUUACUUCAGGGUAUCAGGCAGCAAGUCAAGACAUAUUUGAACGUAAACUUUAGGUUGGUAUUUUUAUACCACAUAGAUGGAACUUACAACUGACUUAGCAGAUGCAUAUGCACCACUACUAUAAAUUCCAUGCAUAAGGAGGAAAUAACUGAUACUCCAUAUUAGAGGAAAAAAACCCCAUUAUUCAACUGCUUGCUGCAUUAUUCUUUUUUUCUUACCUUUUUUGAAGCUUAAACUUCCAUCCUAAUGCCUUACUUUGCAGCAGCAUUUCACAUCCCUCUGCCUUGGUCUCUUGUGCUUGGAGCAUAUAUUGGAAAGCUUGUUUUAAGCCAGAAGUUAAAGGUUCUUUAAGAAACCUUACUUCUCUUACGAGUAUCUGUGUGGGAAGUUUCUGUUAUGCAAUAUAAAAAGUGUAUGGUUUAUGCACUGAUUUUGUGUUCAGUUUUUCUGUUGCAUCCUGUUCUUUUUUAAAUUGGAUCACUUCUACAGGCUUUAAAAAAGGAAAUAGCUCUUUAAAUACUAUUUCCGUGAGGUUACUUAAGUGAUUAGAAUAUAAUUUUUAGAAAUGCAAUUUGCUGGAGGUAUUUUGAAGAUGUAAAAGGUUUCGAUGCAAUUUCCUGCAUUUUUUUUAUAUUUGUAAAAAAAUUUUUACAGUAUUUUUUUCUGCAUAACACUACUUUCAAAGAAAGCUCUUUUUUUGAGAUAUACAUUGGUUUAUAGAACAAGAAGGGUCCCACCAGUAUAUUCACUACUUGUUAAAGAUCUCCUUAAAGCAGCACUUUGAGUCAUUAACAUGUAUUUUUAAUACCAAACCAAUGGAUUGUUUAUGUUGUACAAAAUAUUAAAAGGUGCCACUGGAGGGGAAAAAAAA